GCCUUCGACGGAAAGGCGGCUGCGGUAGAAAGUGGGACAAGGAGGCGGCGAGGAGGCGGGUGCGCGCAUUCGACAGAAGAUAACGAGGCGCGGUAUGGAUUGGGUUGAGUUACAUGAGAGGAGAGGCACAGAAACCGCUCUCGUGACGCUGAAGCCGAAUAAUAGUUUCAGACCAUCAGCGGCAAUUUCGAAUGGCUCGCGCAAACUUUGGGCUUCGACUCAAAUUGACCGACUCCACGUUGGAGUCAAUCGGACCGUCACUCGCCUCGGUGCCAUCUUCUGCUAGCCAGCCGGUAAUUAGGUCUGCUCCCCGCAGGCGAGCGAGAAAGCAAGUUCCAGAGCGAAAGGGGAUGUUCGCCGGACGCGGUUGUGUGUGUGACGGACUUGCCACUGGUUGGCAAAAUGCAGACAUCGCAAAGGAAGGAGCGAAACGGCGGACAUGUUCCGGUUUCUAAAAAUAGCAGACGUUAGCCAGAGAUGAGUGAAGGUCUACGCACGACCCGACCACAUUUCAGGGGAACUGCUUUGAAUUUCAACCAGGUUUCUAUGGGAGGCCCUGGUCUAUGGACCAGAGGAGAUUUCUCUUCCGCUGGAUGCAGAAUUGGGGUUUAAACACUUACCUGUACGGUCCAAAAGAUGACCUGAAGCACAGACUCUUGUGGAGAGAAGUCUAUUCACCCGAAGAGGAAGGUCAACUGCGCACUCUUAUCACGGAGGCCCAGUCGAGAGGCCUCAGGUUUGUCUACGCCCUCUCUCCUGGUCAGGACAUCGUCUUCUCCUCCCCCUGUGACUUGACUCUCCUGAAGCGCAAGCUGAGACAAGUGUCUGACCUCGGAUGCCGGGCGUUCGCCAUCCUGUUCGACGACAUCGAUCACUCCUUGUGUCAGGCUGACAGUGAGGCCUUCUCUUCGUUCGCACACGCUCAGGUCACCGUAACCAAUGAGAUUUAUUGCUACUUGGGGGAGCCGCCGGUCUUCCUCUUUUGCCCCACAGAGUACUGCGGUUCUCUUUGUUCCCCCAGCGUGCAGAAGUCUCCUUACCUGCAGACCGUUGGCGAGGACUUGCUUCCCAACAUCACAGUCAUAUGGACAGGUAGCAAGGUCGUCUCUCGGGAACUUUGCGUGGAGCGCCUGGCUGAGGUGGAGUCCGUUCUUCAGCGCCCGCCACUCAUCUGGGACAACUUGCACGCCAACGACUACGACUCCCGCCGGCUCUUCCUGGGUCCUUUCAAGGGCCGCGAGCCCUGGCUGAGAGGACACCUGAGGGGCCUCCUCCUCAAUCCAAACUGCGAGUUUGAGGCCAACUACAUCCCGCUGCACACCCUGGCAAGUUGGUACAGAGCCGGGAGCCAGGAAAGCAGAGAUGAGGAAAGGGAUUACUGUCCCGACAGAGCCUUGUCCGCUGCAUUACGUGACUGGAUGGAAGAACUCAACCAACCUCUCCGAGCAGGUCGGCAGCGCGCACCGGCAGAUCAGCGCAGUUCUCGAUCCGAAACCCCGGACAGAUCCGGGCGCACGUCGCCCUUUCGAGGGACCCCCGCCGUGGCCAAACUCCCCGUGUUCCCCCUCAACUCCAGCUCCCCACCUCCCUCACCCACCAAGAGCAAAGGGGGAGAGAAACGGCAGCCCGCUCAAGCCGAGAACCGAGCGCCGGCAUCCGGACACAAGGCCCGCGGUCGGGGCCUUCUGAGCGAGUUCCAGGUGCGGCUGUUGGUGAGCCUCCAUUACCUGCCUCACGAGCACGGCCCGUCGGCCCAGAAGCUGCUCCGGGAUCUGACCUGGCUCAAAAGCAACUGCCACCUGGUCAGCGCUAACAACAAGAAAAGUUCGCCUCAGAAGGUGGACGAGUGGCGGGGUCGAGCUUCUGACUUCCUGUCUCUGUGCGAAGACAUCGCGCAGCUGCACUGCAGCGUGGUAGGCGGGGCCAACCGGGCCGUGCUGUACGACCUUUACCCUUACGUGUGGGACCUGAGGAACACGGCGCUCGUGGCCAAGGCCUUCGUAUGCUGGCUGGAUGGUCGCGUCCUGCACGACAGCGCCGCCUCGGCCUCCUGGAGGAAUUGCUUCCGCUUGUGCGGGGAGACAGCAGGAACGGACACGCCGCCGGGAGAGGAGUCGGAGCCGUGGGCGUUGAAAGGAGGCGUAUCCGGGGAAGCGCAGAUGCUUCUCCCGAUAGGCAGCAGCAGUGAACUCUUCACUCACCCUCCUCCUCUCUUCCCGACCUCGCGUCUUUACAACAUCAGGCCCUACCAAAGCAAGGACAAGGUGGAGUUGUACCGGAUGGUGCGUCAGCUUCACCUGCGGUCUCAGUGCGCCCGAGAGCCGCCGGCCGCGUCUCAUCCGGAUGUCGUGGGAGACAGGUGUCUGGGAGCGUGCCUGGCCUUGUGCCCCGAGUACUGCUUCGUCUUGGAGGAUGAGCUGGGCCCCUGCGGUUGUAUUUCGGGCAUCCUGGAAUUCGGCUCUUUCGUCAAGAGGUGCCAGGCCAGCUGGUUGCCCGCCAUGAGGGACAAGUACGUGCCCGACGGAGGCCACGAAAACACGCAGAACUUAAUCAAGCUCAUGGAGGAGGACCAGGGAGAGUAUCCGGACUCGCUCCUCUAUCACUUCCCCUCCCAGCUGCGUCUGGACGCCCUGCCCGAGCUGGUGGACGUCAGCGUCAGCCGCACCCUGCUGGUGGCCCUCCUGGCGGCCCUGAAGGCCAACGGUUCUCAGGGUGUGUUCUGUGAGGUUCAGCCCACCGACCGCCAGAGGCUGGAGUUCUUGACUAAACUGGGCUUCCUGGAGAUCCUCAGAGGGGAAGCCAGGAGCAGAGAGGGGCUGGUGAUGGCCAGGCUGCUUUGAGGACGUUGCGG